AAGCACGGCUGAGUGAUCCAAGGGAUGCUGCCAAGAAAAUCCAUCUAAGCCCAGGCCACUAAGCACAUAUAAGAUGAAGCUUGUCAACAUGCGGGGGCCUUGUUCUCCAUUUGCCACUUGCCAGCCAAGAACAGGGCAGGCUGUCGAUGCUCAUUGUUCAUUCGAGUGGGUUUCUUGCAUUUGCCCAAAAAAAGUGUCGUGGGGUCUGGCCGUCUGGGACAGUGGCAAAGUGGGCAAGAAAAAUCCAACAGACCAAAGAAAAUGGACCCCAAACUUCAAAGGCUUGUGGGCGUACCGCACCGCACGAGCUGGAGGGCAAACCGGGGUCCCAUCUUUGGCUGAUUUCGAUUCCAUUCAGGGGCUCCAAGCUCCUCCUAGUGCGGGCGCUGCCGUUGGUGGGCUUGAUGUCUGACGCCUGCAGGGGCCAAACGGUCUGGACUCAUCACGAUUGAUUUCUUUUUUUUGUGGAAAACCAUUCAACUUGUUACGCCCUGCUGCGAAGGACCUGUGUGUGGUUGUAAUUUGGUAAAAAAAUAUCGAUGCAAUUGUGCACGUACUGUACAUUUUAGGGCGCAGCACUUGCUGCCUUGCUCACCGCACUUUCGCGUGUUCCAAUGAGACAAGUCAGGUUGCUGAUUCAUUGCAUCAAUUCGCCGAUGACAAUAUAUGUGAAAUUAAAC